UAAUAAUUAAGAGAGUACAGAUUAAUGGAAAAUAAUCCAUUUGAAAUGGAGUGGGUAAGACCAAUUGUAAAGUGUUUGGUAAAAGGCUGCUCAAGCCAUGAGCGCACAUACUUUGUCCACAAAGGAAAUCGACAACAUUGGUUCGCGAAUCUUAGAAUAAGUGGGGCGCCUACGCGCGCCAAGGUAUGCGUAAAGCACUUCCUAGAUGAAUGCUUUGUGAAUGGAAAGCUUCGGAUAGGAAGUCUUCCCACUGAAAACUUGGGCCAUGAACCAUUGCACAGACCUGUGUUUAGCAGAUGGCAAAAGCGAUAUCGUCGCCGCAUAAAGCCGGAGCUGAAAACAGAAAGUGAUAUUACAGUAAAACCGCCUUUGUCCGAAAGCUUGAAUAUUGAGAAUAGUCUGCUGUCCGCUGAGAGCUUGGCACGAUUGGAACAAGCCGCAGAUGCAGAAUUUGAAAAAUAUAUCGUUGAGGACGAAAUGUCCGAUGGCGGGGAGCAAACCACACAUUCCGAAAGUCAUGACAAUGAUAGAUAUAUCAUUGAAGACCAGUUGUCCGAUAGCUUGGAAGAAGCCAGCCAUUCUCAGUCCGAAUCAUCAUUAAUUUUGUUUUUGCAACAAAGAAACAAUGAGCUGCAAGCAGAGGCUGAAUGCCUACGCGUAGAGAAUACCCAAUUAAGAAUGGAGAACAUAUCCUUGAAAAAAAGCUUUGAGAUCCAUAAAUGUUUCUUCGAAUGAAAGAACUAGUGUUAAGAACAUGACCACCUCAUAAAAUGAACUAUUUUACUGCGAAUCGCUUCUUAUCCUGGCCAUCGGAUCCCCAAUGCCCCAUAUAAAGUUGUUUCAGUUCAACACAAUUUUUGUAUGAUAAUUAUAGUGUGUAUUAUAGUAUAAUAAGUACAUAAUAAAUCAAUUUUUCCCAUUUCAAAAAGA